UAGCCGUGCCAUGGAGUGAAGGUCCCCUUCCUGCCACUGGCGGCCCCGUGCCCCGGCGGGCGGAGGCCGGUCUUUGUAGAACCCUGUAGCUGUCCCUGCUUAGCCCCGAGACGGGAUGGUGAAACCCGGCCAGGGGUGUCCGGAGAUGCGUGGAAAUCAAAGUUCUGGCUGCUGAGCCUUGCGCCUCAGCUGGGAGAAAGCCCUAGACAAGGGCCACGGGGUGCCUGUCACACCUCCUCAGCCUGAGUUUGGGAAGGCAGGAGCCCCGCCCCUCAAGCCAUGCACAGCCCGCCAGCAAGCGCCUGCAGGAUGUGGGGCCCGAGAAGGCCCAGGCACUCCUUCGGGUCCCACUCCCCUGCUGCCAGCUCUGUCCACAUCGCCAGGUAAGUCACCUCUCCCAGGGUAGAUGGAGGAGUUGGCGUUGGGACCCCAGAGGCCAUGGGAGGUGGCACAGCCCCUGGGCCUCCUGGUGUGGCUGGGCCCGUGGCUGUGGAGUCCGGGGCUUCUUGGGGACGUUCUUCCUGCUGCCACUCUGCCGACUGUCCUUCCACCUCUGUCCAGCCUGCCCGCGGGAGGCUGUGCGGCUGCCAGCUCUGUCCAGCCUGCCCGCGGGAGGCUGUGCGGCUGCCACCUCUGUCCAGCCUGCCCGCGGGAGGCUGUGCAGCUCCAGCUUUGUCCAGCCUGCCCGCGGGAGGCUGUGCGGCUCCAGCUCUGUCCAGCCUGCCCGCGGGAGGCUGUGCGGCUCCAGCUCUGUCGGAAGGUGGCCCCACCACUUCUCCUUUCGCGCUCUGAGGCAGGCCGGACACCUGGCCCAGUUCUCCCUGCCCCACCAGGGUUUGUGCCCGGGAGGAAGACAGGCCCGGGGCUCCCAACCCUGCCCUGGGGCUGGGCCUGGCUCUGCUGUUUACUCUCGUCACACUGGGCCUGUAAGUGUUGGUAGAAACCCCGGGAGCCCCAGACGGCCAUGGCGCCCACACUUGACCCUCUGGCCUGCUGGCCCUGCUGCUGCCGUGCCUGGACAAGCUCUCCUGUGACCCCUCUCUCUCCCUCUCUCUCCCUCUCUCUCCCUCUCCCUCUCUCUCUCUCUCUCUCUCUCUCUCACUCUCUCUCACUCUCACUCUAACUCUUUCACUACUUGGUCCAAAACCGUCUCUCUCCGCAAAUCUCAGUGUUUUGUGUUUUAGUUCAUAGGUGUGUUUCAUUUUGACUUUUCUUUUUUUUUUUUAAUAGUUAACAUUUAAGUUCUUUUUAUUUCAUUCUCUAGGUUUUAAAGUUUUUUCUAAUUUCUUAAUUUUUUUUGUUGUUUUCUGUUUUGUUUUUGUUUUUAUGUGCUGUGUCUUCAGUGUAUUAACCAAACAGUUGUGGCUACUCAUGGUGAGGCAAGACAGCUGAGAGCUUGGGCUCUUUGCAUUUGGAGGUCACUGCUCCACGUUGAUGUUUAGGAGGUUGGCAGGUUUGCCUGUAGUGUCCUCAGGAUGAGAUGUCCGAGUCCGGCCAGUCUUCAGCAGCUGCCACGCCCAGCACCGCCGGCACCAAGUCCAACACUCCCACGUCUUCAGUGCCCUCGGCUGCGGUCACGCCCCUCACCGAGAGCAUGCAGCCCCUGGGCGGGGACUAUGGCAGUGGCACCAAGAACAGUGCACGGUCCCGGGAGAAGCGCAACAGCCGCAACAUGGAGGUGCAGGUCACGCAGGAGAUGCGCAACGUCAGCAUUGGCAUGGGCAGCAGUGACGAGUGGUCUGACGUCCAGGACAUUAUCGACUCCACUCCGGAGCUGGACAUGUGUCCCGAGACCCGCCUGGACCGCACGGGAAACAGUCCCACCCAGGGCAUCGUCAAUAAAGCUUUUGGCAUCAACACCGACUCCCUGUACCACGAGCUGUCAACGGCGGGGUCAGAGGUCAUCGGGGACGUGGACGAAGGGGCUGACCUCCUAGGGGAGUUCUCAGUGCGCGAUGAUUUUUUUGGAAUGGGCAAGGAAGUGGGCAAUCUGCUGCUGGAGAACUCACAGCUUCUGGAAACCAAAAACGCCCUGAACGUGGUGAAGAACGACCUCAUUGCCAAGGUCGACCAGCUGUCGGGCGAGCAGGAGGUGCUGAAGGACGAGCUGGAGGCCGCCAAGCAGGCCAAAGCCAAGCUGGAGACCCGCGUGAAGGAGCUGGAGGAGGAGCUCAGGAGGGUGAAGUCAGAGGCCAUUACUGCCCGCCGCGAGCCCAAAGAGGAGGUGGAGGAUGUAGGCAGCUAUCUCUGUGCGGAACUGGACAAAAUCCCCAUGGCCCAGCGCCGCCGCUUCACACGUGUGGAGAUGGCCCGCGUGCUCAUGGAGCGGAACCAGUACAAGGAGCGGCUGAUGGAGCUGCAGGAGGCCGUGCGGUGGACGGAGAUGAUCAGAGCGUCCCGAGAGCACCCCUCCGUCCAGGAGAAGAAGAAGUCGACCAUCUGGCAGUUCUUCAGCCGCCUCUUCAGCUCCUCCUCCAGCCCCCCCCCGGCCAAGCGGUCUUACCCGUCUGUGAACAUCCACUACAAGUCACCCACCGCUGCCGGCUUCAGCCAGCGCCGCGGCCAUGCCAUGUGCCCGAUCUCAGCGGGCAGCCGGCCCCUGGAGUUCUUCCCAGAUGACGACUGCACGUCCUCGGCUCGGCGGGAGCAGAAGCGGGAGCAGUACCGCCAGGUGCGCGAGCAUGUUCGCAAUGACGAUGGGCGGCUGCAGGCCUGCGGCUGGAGUCUGCCGGCCAAGUACAAGCAGCUGAGCCCCAGUGGCGGCCAGGAGGACACGCGGAUGAAGAACGUGCCGGUGCCAGUGUACUGUCGGCCCCUGGUGGAGAAGGACCCCACCAUGAAGCUGUGGUGUGCUGCGGGCGUCAGCCUGAACGGCUGGAAACCCAGCGAGGAGGAGCCCGGGAACGGGGUCAAACCCACGCCAGGCCGUGACCCUCUGACCUGCGACCGGGAAGCGGAAGGCGAGCCCAAGAGCAACCACACAUCUCCGGAGAAGAAGGUGAAGGAGCUCCAGGAAGCAGACGCCACGUCCAGCAGGGUGUGGAUCCUCACCAGCACCCUGACCACCAGCAAGGUGGUGAUCAUCGACGCCAACCAGCCGGGCACUGUGGUGGACCAGUUCACUGUCUGCAACGCGCACGUCCUGUGCAUCUCCAGCAUCCCUGCUGCCAGCGACAGCGACUACCCUCCGGGGGAGAUGUUCCUGGACAGCGAGGUGAACCCCGAGGACUCUGGGGCCGAUGGCGUGCUGGCCGGCAUCACCCUGGUGGGCUGUGCCACCCGCUGCACCGUGCCACGCAGCAGCUGCUCCUCCCGAGGGGACACCCCCGUGCUGGACAAGGGGCAGGGAGAGGUGGCUGCCGUCGCCAACGGGAAGGCCAACCCUUCGCAGUCCACAGAGGAAGCCACGGAAGCCACAGAGGUGCCGGACCCUGGGCCCAGCGAGCCAGAGGCGGCUGCGGUGCGGCCCGGGACCCUCACGGAGCACGUCUUCACCGACCCAGCCCCAACCACGUCCGCAAGCACCCAACCUGACAGCGAGAACGGCCCAGAGCCUGACGGUGGCGUUGCUCAGCCGGAGCCGGAGCCCAGCGGGGACCCUGCGGGGGCCAGCAGCAGCGCUGCGCCUACUAUGUGGCUGGGAGCCCAGAACGGCUGGCUCUACGUGCACUCGGCCGUGGCCAAUUGGAAGAAGUGUCUGCACUCCAUCAAGCUGAAGGACUCCGUGCUCAGCCUGGUGCACGUCAAAGGCCGAGUGCUCGUGGCCCUGGCAGAUGGAACUCUGGCCAUCUUCCACCGUGGCGAAGACGGCCAGUGGGACCUGAGCAACUACCACCUGAUGGACCUGGGCCACCCGCACCACUCCAUCCGCUGCAUGGCCGUCGUGUACGACCGCGUGUGGUGUGGCUACAAGAACAAGGUGCACGUCAUCCAGCCCAAGACCAUGCAGGUGGAGAAGUCAUUCGAUGCCCACCCGCGGCGGGAGAGCCAGGUGCGGCAGCUGGCGUGGAUCGGCGACGGGGUGUGGGUGUCCAUCCGCCUAGACUCCACGCUGCGGCUGUAUCACGCCCACACCCACCAGCACCUGCAGGAUGUGGACAUUGAGCCCUACGUCAGCAAGAUGCUGGGCACUGGCAAGCUGGGCUUCUCCUUCGUGCGCAUCACGGCCUUGCUCAUCGCUGGCAACCGCCUCUGGGUGGGCACUGGCAACGGAGUCGUCAUCUCCAUCCCCCUGACCGAGACUGUGGUCCUGCACCGAGGCCAGCUCCUGGGGCUCCGAGCCAACAAGACGUCCCCCACGUCUGGGGAGGGGGCCCGCCCCGGAGGCGUCAUCCACGUGUACGGGGACGACAGCAGCGACAAGUCCGCCAGCAGCUUCAUCCCCUACUGCUCCAUGGCCCAGGCCCAGCUCUGCUUCCACGGGCACCGUGACGCCGUCAAAUUCUUCGUCUCAGUGCCAGGGAACGUGCUGGCCACUCUGAACGGCAGCGUGCUGGACAGCCCGUCCGAGAGCCCCGGGCCGGCCGCAGACACCGAGGGCCAGAGGCUCAAGAACGUGUUGGUGCUGAGUGGCGGCGAAGGCUACAUCGACUUCCGCAUCGGGGACGGAGAGGACGACGAGACGGAGGAAGGUGCCGGGGACGUGGGCCAGGUGAAGCCCGUGCUGUCCAAGGCCGAGCGCAGCCACAUCAUCGUGUGGCAGGUGUCCUACAGCCCGGAGUGAGGCUGCCGCCACGGCCACCCUGUACAUAGGACCCCACCUGCCCAGCGCCCGCCCCCGGGGCCGCCGCCCGCUCUGACCUCUCAACCUGCAGCUUUCACCUGAGGCCCAGGCCCUGGCUGGCGGGGCGCGGGGUGACGCAGGCCAGCUGGGAGGGAGGACCCUUCCCCACACCUGGCCCAAGGGUAGGGGGCCUGGCCGGGGCUCUCCUUCCUGGCACCCCCAGAUCAGGGAGCAGGGGGCCCCACUUGCCUUUGCAUGCUGCCUGUGGGGGUGUGGCCUUGCUGCCCUUCAGGGAACUGUUCAGCACUAGCCUUCACCAGGGAGGGGCUCGGGCAGCGCCGGGCUCCCCCCACCACCAAGCUUCCCUCAGCCCCCUGAGCAGCUGCUUGAGGACACAGACCAGAGGCCCCUCCUGCUGGACCCACAGCUGCCCACAUGGACAGCCCCUCCGGGCCAGUGUCCCCUCCCCCACCCAGGCCUUGGAGGAGCGGGCCCUGGACCCACCGGGGGUCUCAGGCUGCCAGGCGGGGCCCUGGCCUCAGUCCUCAGGUUGAUGGAGAAAGGUGUGCUCCAGACACGCUGACAAGUGCCUAGAGCUGCCGCUGCGGCCUGCGGCAGGGGGAGAGGACGGGAGGCCGGGGCCCAGGCCGCCCCGGCCAGACUGCGCAUGUGGGUGGGGGGAGGGGUGGACAUGGGCCCAGGACUGCCCCUGCAUGGACAGGCCUCGCUGCCCCGGGGCCCAGACCUCACCCUGCUGAGGCGCUGCGCAGGGCCGCCCCCACCAGAGAAGCACACACCUCGGGCAGCUGCCCACCAGCCCAGCUGGCCUCGGCCGCAGCCACGUUCCCCAGCAGGCUUCUCCCCGCGGCCCUGCCACCUCUCCACUGUGAUGUCCGUCAAGUCCCUGUCUGUCCCCACGGGACCCAGCCGUGACUUGGGGUCAGUGGGCGGGGGCAGCUCAGGGGAGGAGCCGCCAGACCAUCCUCCUGCGGCUUUGGCCCUGCAAGUGAACCCCGUAUCUGCUCUGUGUAAUAAACGUCUCAGCGUCGUCCGGGUCCGAA